CAGCAAUUGCAAGUAUGGCAUUACACAUUGCGGUACUAUAGCAGUCAUUAGGCUCGAUCAAUAGUCAGUGACAAUUACUGAGUUAUGGAGACUUACCAAGAUGGCAUUCUGUGUCCACCAUUGACAGACACUGGCAUGGUGGGUCUGCAUAGAAUGAGAUAGAAAUAGUGUUCUUCUAUGCCUCAUUAGCUAUUCAGAGCAAAGGAGAAGGGGUACAUUCGCCUACACCUUUUUUAGUGAAUGCCUACACAUUUACUUAAAUGGGCUGACUGUGUGCGCUGCAACAGUUAAGACAGCAACAAUAUAAGCACACAAUGUGCCACCAGUCAGAGAUAUAAGCAGAGUCCCCUACAUGUAAAUACGUACAAUGCGAAAAGAAUAAAAAGACAAUACGUACAAUACAGACAAUGAGUGGGUUUGUGACUAUUACUCGGGUUCAAUGAUAAGAAGUCCAACAUUUCCUUGUGCGACUAUCUCAAUAGCCUAAGGAGACAAUUGGCUUCGUUGAGGGGAAGAUCUAGACCAGUUUGAUUUCCCAUGGUAUCAAAGAGAAGGGGACUACACCUUAUACUAGGUGCGUGUGAAGCAUGCAACCUCAAGUAUCAACAACCGACCUCUUCCCACAAUCAAAUGUGACCAUUCAAGGUAAAAUACUUACGCAGUGGGGCAUAUCAGUUUAACAUAUGGCUGCUUCGUCUGCUCCCAUAUUGAGCACCAGCCAUCUCUGUGUACAUGUACAUGUGCGGGAAAAGGUCACAGUUCAUUACCACCACCACCACCACAUGUAUCUAGAUCUACAUGUGGCGCAUAUGCAUACAACAUUCGUUAGCUUACCCUGUAUCUCCCAGUCCAUGUAGGAAUAUCACCUGGAAAUGUGUGAAGGGAUAAUGUGAGUUACUGACUACUGGCUAGCUAUUGCUUACAGUCGCUGUGUGCUUUGCACUGGCGUUGAUGACCACUGCAUUCUAGCUCCACUGUUCCUUUUCCAGCCAUUUUCCCCCCAGACAAAAGUGGGAGGGGUUAGGGUGGGGAUGCCUUUUUGCAGAGUCCCUUUUGUAGCCGAGGAUAAAAGCCAGGGCAUGGAAGCUCCUCCACUCCAUCACAAUUCCUUUCCAGUGAUCUACCUUAGCAUUGCAGUGAAAGGCUUGUACUAGCACUGUUACAAUAUGUAAGGGUAGAUCUAAUGAUCACACUAGACAUUGCUAGAUAUAGAUAUAUAUCAGUGCUGAGUGUUUUGUGGUAAAUAUAUAUAUAUAUAUAUAGUAUGCUUCUAAAAACUAAUUGAUGUGAUUUUCUGUCCUCGUUAGGUCCAAUGGUGCGACCAUCAAUCCACCCUGCAGGAGACACAGUCAAGAGAUUGAAGAUAAGGACUAGAGCGUUUGCUAGCCGAUUCUUUGAGCUCAGCCAUUGUCAUGACAAAACUUCGGAUGAACUAUUCUGAGUGGAUUCAUAAUCUAGAACCUAGGGGGCCGAGCGGACCUCCACUGCCACCUACAGAUGCUGAGAGUUCAAACAUUUCCUCAUCGAAAUACUUUGCAUAUCAUCAUAUUUCUGCUGCUGAUCGUGAGAUGACUUCAGUCCUGUGUCUAGAGAGUGGCCAACCACCCAGUUUGGUUCCAUUUAUCCCUUCCACAGUGUCCGCCUUUAAAGAAUGCACACAACUCAUUAAACGGGAUUUUAGAUCCAACCAAGAAGGAGUAGAAAAAGCCAAUCUGACAAGCCAUGCAUUUGGCAUGAUCAUUCUUUGUUACACUGAUGACGAACCAAAGGCCUCAUCAUUGAAUGUUAUUUCUGAGGAAGCCAUGAAAAGCGGAGUAAAGACAGAAGGCUAUACUCAAUCGUGCAUCAACAUAGAGAUAGAUGAUCGAAAACCUCAAGAUGAAAACAACACUGCUCUUUACUUUAAAACAGACCAAUUCUACUACUAUAUCCAUGUACGAGAUUCAAAUCGACCAACUCUUGAACCUAGAUAUGUAAACGUAAAGGACCACACAUCUGACGAAGUUUAUAACCAUCUCCAAUUCAGGUCAGUAUAUACCCUGACAAACUUAAUCUCAGAAAAGAAGAUGGAACUUUAGUAGAGACAUCCAAAAAUGCUGCUACAAGGAUUCGUAAUGGAGUAACAGAUGCAAUGAAUAGCUAUGUUCAAGAUAAUAGCCAUGGUAACCAGGCAACUGGAAGUUCACAACCUAAAGUUUUGAACGACUGUGAAGAGAAAGAAGUCACUAAUGGAGGUUUUCACUGUUGCCAGUUUCUAUUAAAGAUUCUUGUUUUUCCAUGUAAAUAUCUAGAUAAAAAUAUUAUUGUUGAAAGUAUAAUACAUGACUUUAAUUUAAUUGUGAGUGGGUAGUAGACUAGGCUGGGUGGAUCUCGGGAAUCAAGCGCAUGCGCUAACAUCAGAUUUGUGGCUACAAAAAGAGCUACAAUGCUGCUAGCACUGUUAUUGGACUGCAGUACGUACAACCUCUCUGCUUUCAUCUCUAGUAAGCUAAGCAACAAUGGAGUCCCAUGGCAUCUUUAUCAAACCAACUAGCAAUGAAUUCUUUGCCGUUAGUAAAUUGUUAAUGAAAUUUGCUGAGAGUACUCAGUUUGGCGAUGAGGAUAGUUCAAAUGGACUGAUCAUACCUCAGGCUAUCAGCCCUGAACGUACUCAGCGUGUCCAGAAGAAUGGUCCAGGAGGGAAAGGAAAGACCAAUGCUCCACCUGUAAUGUCUCUACGGUCUGUUAAUGGAGAACUUUACGUUGUUGACAAUGGACAAAUGGUUGAAAAGGGAUAUUUUGAAUAUCAUCACAUCUCUUCGGCUGAAAUGAUCUCAAUCCUGAAACUUGGCAAUGAUCCAACCCACGAGUCUCCAACUCUGGUGCCUUUAGUGGAUAGUUAUCACCCUGAUGGUACCAAGCUCAGUAAACAUAAUUACCCCAAACAAGAGACGCCCACUUCAGAAACAGUGAACUUGCUGGGUGUUGAGUAUGGUAAUACACUGGCUCUGGAAUACAGUGAUGACCCCAAGGACACUCACGCCAAGCUAGUCAUUCUAUCACAGCAUGAGUUGAAACAGAUCAUGGAAGAUAUGGAGAAAGGAAAGAAGAUGAGUUUCAAGAUAAAUCCGGUAAUCAAGAUUCGCACACUGGUGGAAAUGGCCAAUCCGUCAGCCUCCAGUGAUACUCCAAACAACAUUGCUCUCUACUUUGAGACCUCUCGGUUCUACUACUACAUCCACGUGGAUUCCACUGUGAAUCCACCCAUACUAGACCUGAAGCCGACAGAGAAGACAAAAGCAUUCGAUCCUCACAAAGAUUUUGUGAGACAUUUACAAUUUGUAGAGCGAGCAAUAGUGAAAAAAGAGGAUGGGAAGCUUGCAACUCUUGCAGAAGACCAAAAAGACGGGCCAGAGAUAGAUGAUCUGCCUGAUAUCAACAGUCUCAAUUUAGUCAGCCGCUCUGAGAGUGACCCUGUUGCAAGCAUACCAACAGUUCUGCAAUUUCUGUCUGAGCCAAGCAACCACAACGACCGAAAUUUGAAGGAAAAAGAAAAAGAAAUCAUCACGAAUGACUCGACAAUCAAGAGUAAUGGAAAUGAUCUCAUAGAAGAGUCAGAGUCGUCAGUUGAAACUGGACCUGUCACAGUGGAUGUGUGAAAGUGUCAAGUAACAACUCCCUAAAACUGAAACUAUAAUUAUCAUGACUCAUAAUAGAUCAUUUUUGUAGCAUAAAUUAUCUAAAGGUACGUGUAUAAUUGCACCCGUAUUCAUUCUUAUUAGCUAUACAGGAGUAUAUUAAUCUUAUUCAUGGCUAACAGUAA